AUUCAACCAAUUUCAAUCCAUCUCACUGCUGCAGUUGUAUCCUGUAUCCUUCCAUCGCUGACUGCUCAUACCCAGCCGUCACCAUGCGGCUCUCAUCUCCAUCCCUUCUCGCGGCUUCGUUGCUCCUCUCUCUGCAGACUGACCUCGUCCUCGCGGCCCCCAAGAUCUCCACGGUGGGCGCCAAGUUCUUCUACGAGAAUGGCACUCAAUUCUUCAUCAAGGGCAUCGCCUACCAGCUCGUCCCCGAUGAUCCCCUCAUAGACACGGAACAGUGCAAGAGGGACAUCGUGCGCAUGUCCGAGCUGGGCGCUAAUGCCAUUCGCGUCUACCAUGUUGAUCCCCUGGCCGACCACAGCGGUUGUAUGAAGGCCUUCGCGGACGCUGGCAUCUAUCUGUUCGUGGAUCUCGAUACCUUUCAUACCCAGAUCGAACAGCAAAGCCCCCAUUGGAAUGCAACCCAGUUUGCCGCCUUCCAGGCCGUGCUGGAUGAAUUUCAAAAGUACGACAACACUGCCGGCGUCUUCGUCGGGAAUGAGGUGCUCACCACCAAGGACGGUGCUGCUGCUGCACCCUACGUUCUGGCCGCUGCGCACGAUAUUAAACUCUAUCGCGACCGGAAAGGCUACAGGAAGAUCCCCGUCGGUUACUCCGCCGCGGACAUCGCCGAGCUGCGUCCUAUGCUUCAGAACUACAUGGCCUGUUCUCCCAAUCCGGAUAGUCGUCUCGAUUUUUUCGCCCUCAACGCGUACGAAUGGUGUGGCCAGUCGUCCUACACCUUCUCCGGCUACGUCAAUCUCCAGAAGAACGCCUCGGGUUAUCCCAUCCCCAUUUUCUUCUCGGAGACCGGCUGCAACGUUGCCCGUCCGCGUACCUUUGAAGACCAGGGCGCUAUCUUUGGUGAUGAGAUGUCCGGCACCUGGUCCGGGUCCAUGGUCUACGAAUGGAUCCAGGAAACCAACGAUUAUGGCUUAAUUAGCUACGGUCCCCCAGCCCCCGGUGGUGCCGCCGCCGCCACAAACACCCUGGUGGAUGACGGCUUCACUCGAAAGGGAACUCCAACCCCCGUCAGCCCCGACUUCUCUAACCUCAAGUCGCAAUGGGCUACAUUGUCCCCUACCGGAGUGGCCUUGUCAGUGUACGCCGAGUCAACCUCGGCCAUCACACUCCCUGAAUGCCCGUCUUCCACUGCGGGCGGUUGGGCUGUGGACCCAAGUGCGCCGCUUCCUAUCUUGAUUUAUGGGCCGCGAGAUCACAACUAUACCAGAUCACGCUCUUCCGUGCUAAUUGUAGCUUCCGCCACUGCCUCUUCACAGGGUCUAGCCAGUGCAACAUCCAGUGCUAAGCACAGCGGCGCGAUGGGUCUUGGCAAUACCGGUGCUGGCUCGGAUGGAUGGAUGCACGCAUGGAUGCUGCUAUGCGGCCUGGUUGGAGUUGUGGCCUGGUGGCUGUAAGUACCGGAGAUACCUAUGUACGCUGCUGUACAUGGUCGAUUAUACGAAUCGUUAUGAGUUAUGUUGUAUGAGUUUAUGCUUUCAAUGCCCAGUGUAUAAUGUUAUAGACAGGAUAAAACAAUGCGCAAACCUUGACCUUAGUCUGACAUACAAGACGGGUCCAUAAGACACAGAUAUCCACCAGGUAUACAUGACACAGCACAUGUACACAGUAUAUUACAGACAUCAAACUUCGUAUCACCCACAAGCGCCAGAGCUACCCGCAGAGCAAGUCUAAAAUCCCAAUCAAAUAAUACAUGAUGAAAAUGAUGAAAAUGAUCAAAAUGAUACAAUUAUUUCUCUCCAACAGCAAUCCCAUACUGCAUCAUGGGAUCCUUGAAAGAUCCAUAUCCGGUCCGAUUCCGAUGUCCAUGAUUAUGACCAUGGCCAGACCUAGAUUUAGAAUCCGACCUCGCAACCUCUAUCCCAAUUUCCUUCCCAGUGAUCAAAUCGGGGUCUCUCCAAUUCAACUCCGGAGCCGGAGUAGGCGUUCCGGUUCCGACCUUUUUAUGGAGGUCGUUGUUUAUGCUAAUUUCGCGAUCGAUGUUAUCGUCGACGUCUAGACCCUCCAGCUCGUCCCAGUCGACGAGGUCGUCGUUUGUGCUGUUAUCUGUGUCGGAGUAGGUGUCAUCUUUGGAGUGUAUGAAAUUAAAGUUGAAGUCGAAGGAGGCUGUUGUAGGCGUUAAGGGGUGUUGGUAUUGGUGGUUGUAGGUGUCGUGGUAGGACUGUUGCGGGAGGGAGCCUUCGCCUUCAUAUUCGCUUUCCGAGUCGGAGAUGAAUUGGGUUUGAGGAGUUUCCAGUUCUGGUUCGGUGUCGUUGUUCGGGUACUUCUUCUCCUUCUCGUUCUCUUUCUCUCCUGGUGGUGGUGUCAGAACAGUUGUAGGGGUUAUAAUAUCCGAUCGUUCAUGGUGACGUGCACGCCCUGGUUCAGAUUUCGCUGUACCAAUACCGGCACCAUUAUCUUUCUCCUCGUCCUUUUCCUUCCGCCGACCAUGCGUAUGCAGUCCCCGUUCCGGUACGGCCAAGACACAAUGCAACCCUUCCGACCCCGAUCCCGAUCCUGAUUCCACUUCCUGCACCGGAAUAGACCUAACCGCCUCAGCAAACCUCUUCUCGACCUCCAUGGCCGUCAGUCUCCGCUCGGGCUCGCGUUCCAGCAUCCCCCGAACAACGACAAGCAUCAUCCCCACGGCCUGGAACACGGGAUCCUUGCGUUUCCUCGCAUCCGCAUCGAGCAAGGUGAUCCACGAUGUGACCUGGCCCGCGUUGCGAUCCAGAUGGAACGAGGCAUCGGCGACGCCGCCGCCACGACCGGCUUUACGGUUCUUGCAGCCGCGGUGGUGCACGAAGGCUGAGAUCUUCCGUUUACAGAGAUGCGUGAGGAUGUCCAGGAUGACGGCUGCCAAUGAGAAGAUGUCUGCUGUGUGCGCGUUGGUUUCGUGGGAUUGCCAUGUGCGGACGAGCGCUUGGGAUCUGGCAGAUGUGAGAGUUGAUGAAGGAGGGUUAUAUGAUGAGUUAGAGGAGUUAGAUGAAUUUGAGGAGACGACAGAGGGGGCGUAGAGGGCUGGUCUGGGCGUGAUCGGGGAUAGGAGUCCGUGUAGUUUGCCUUUUCGGCCAGGGUUAGAACCACCAGAAGAUGAGGAGGAGGAGGAGAGGGCGAAGGAUGCCCGUGAUGCCGAGUCGGAAAAUCCAACCCGGAUCGCGGUGGUCUGGGAUGCUGGGGACCCCGGUCGGGAGGUCGGGCUGGAGACGAGCAUGGACUCUCGGAUGUCAGGGUUGUGGUUGUCCGUUUCAAAGCUAUCGUUAUUGUGUUUAUUAUUGCCGGGCCGGAUGAAGGCGCUGGCGAGGGUGUUGAGUUUCAGUGGAGUGGGAUGGCUGGCUGGUUUGUCUCUUCGCAUCGUCCGUCCUCCGGAUGGUAACACGGUACGCG